AUGGACCCUUUAGCACAUCUGGUUCUCUAUGGAUUCAGCCUGAUGAUUUCAGGUAAAGUGGAAGCAGCACUGGACCUCAUAUUGAUCAAUUCAUUCCCUCUGGUGGGCAACUCUGAGACAUCACUUAUCUGUAUCACUUCCAAGUGGCGCUCCCGAGAGUCUAUCACAAUAGACCGAGACCAGGAAGAUGUGACGAAUCAGCACCGGGAACCACUGGAAGUUAAUGAAGAUUCAAAGAGAGCAACAGCCAAAACAGUGGUGUGGAAGAGGGAACAGGCCAGUGAAACUAUUGGAGCAUAUUACUGUGAAGGGAAACUGAAGGAUGAGGUGACAAGAAUACACACCAUGAAGAUGCCUCUGGGAGCCUCAUUCCACCCGGUGGCAUUAACUGUUACAGCAAAUAAGGGAGAGCAUGUGAAUAUUUCCUUCAUCAGAAUGGCAGCAAAAGAGGAAGAUGCAGUGAUCUACAAAAAUGGUUCCUUCAUCCACUCUGUGCCCAGGCAUGAAGUGCCAGGAGAGCUGGAAGUCUCCUAUCCUCAAGUUCAACCACAAGAUGCAGGGGUUUACUCUGCCAGAUAUAUAGGAGGAAACCUCUUUACUUCUGCUUACACAAGGCUUAUUGUAAGACGAUGUGAAGCUCAGAAAUGGGGCCCUUCCUGUAGCUCCCACUGCCCUUCCUGCACGAACAAUGGCAUUUGUCAUGAAGAUACAGGAGAAUGCAUCUGUCCUCCAGGUUUUAUGGGAAAAACAUGUGAGAAAGCUUGUGGAGCCAACACAUUUGGCAAAACAUGUGAAGAAAGCUGUAAAGAAAACUAUGGCUGCAGAAACUAUAUGUUCUGUCUACCAGAUCCCUAUGGUUGUUCCUGUGCUACAGGAUGGAUGGGAUUGGAAUGUGACAAAGAAUGCAAACCUGGUUUUUAUGGGUCAGACUGCAAACUCAAGUGUAAUUGUCACAAUCGAGGGACAUGCGACAGAUUUAAAGGCUGCAUCUGCUCCGUUGGAUGGCAUGGUCUCCAAUGUGAAAAAGAAGGUUCAGCAAACCUUUCUCCUCAGAUAGAAAAUCUACUUGAUCCUGUAGAACUUAACUCUGGUGUUGAGUUCAAGCCUUUUUGUAUAGCAACUGGGAUUCCACUUCCUAAAUCUGAAGAAUUUAAACUUUUGAAGCAAGAUGGAACUGUUCUAAGGUCUCUGGCUCCGCACAUAUCAACAACGGACAAAGCUACUCUCUAUGAUCCAGGUUUGCUCUCCUCACUACCACUUCUCACGCAAGUCUACGCCAUUCCGUCGUUCCAUUGUGUAGCCAUUGACCGACAGCUCCUCAUGACCAUGUCACACAAGACGACACCCGCCGAGCUAUACGAAACGUUCACUCUCUCACGAGCCUCACAAGUCUGGGGACACCAAAACACUCAUGUAAAAGGCACAACUAAAAGACUUGACAAUCUGGAACCAAAAACAGAAUAUCAGUUCUGUGUCCAGCUGAGUCGGCAAGGGGAAGGUGGGGAAGGCCAUCCUGGGCCACAGGCUAGCUUCACAACAGCUGCACUUGGUCUUCCUCCACCAGAAGGUCUCACUCUCUUUCCAAAAAGUAUGACAUCACUGAAUUUGUCCUGGCAUCCUUUAACACUGAGGACAGAGGAUGACAUUCGUGUUGAAGUGGAAAGGAAAAGUGUGAAUGACAACGGAGAGAGCAGUGUUAUCACUCAAGUGCCAGGAAAUAUGUCCACCCUGAUCAUUAAAGAUCUUGAGCCUAGACAGCAAUACAUGUGCAGGGUACGGGUGAACACCAGGUCCCAAGGAGAAUGGAGCAACUAUCUCUAUGCAUGGACUUUCAGUGACAGACAUCCAGACGCGACGACUGUCAAUCCUCACAUCACCCAUCACGGUAAAUGGCAGUCUCACACUAUGGCGAGCGUACGCAGGCCACCCACCCUACCCGAUCUUUGUCCCUAUGAUCUCGAAAGUCCUCCCUACUCUCUCGGGAUAGGCAAUGACCCAGAGACUGAGGUUGCAUCCGCGAGCGCCUCCGUCUCAGACUUCAACACUCAGGGACUCAUACACAUCCGGCAAGGACGGCUUCCAGUGCGAUGGAUGGCAAUAGAAUCUCUGAAUUACAGCGUUUACACCACCAACAGUGAUGUAUGGUCGUAUGGUGUCUUGUUAUGGGAAAUUGUUAGUUUAGGUGGAACACCAUAUUGUGGAAUGACAUGUGCAGAACUCUAUGAGAAACUGCCUCAAGGGUACAGACUAGAAAAGCCUCUCAACUGUGAUGAUGAAGUGUAUGACCUAAUGAGACAGUGCUGGAGAGAGAAACCAUACGAAAGACCAUCAUUUGCUCAGAUACUGGUGUCACUGAACAGGAUGCUAGAAGAAAGGAAGACCUAUGUGAACACAACCCUCUAUGAGAAGUUUACUUAUGCAGGCAUUGAUUGCUCCGCUGAAGAAGCUGCUUGAGACAGGAGAAAUCCUCAUUCAUCAGUGGUGUGCUGGAGAAAACCCAAACUCAGUCUGGUGGAGCCAAAGCUGUGAUGUGCUGUGUAGAACUGGGGAUAGCUCUAACUGUGUAUAAUACAGUGAUACUGUUUUACUACAGAGAGGAGUGUGUAUCACACAGUAACUUCUGCCUCCACAGGCUGGGCCAAUGUACAUACUGUUCAGUGCAGGAAAAGACACAAGUCAUGAAAUCUGCUGUUUCAUACGCAGGGCUUUCUUUUUCUUUGUUCCUAGUUAUGUAGAUAUGUUGUAUACACACAUAUAGUAAUGCCUUAGGUGUCUCCAUCUUAGAUAUUUUUGAUACUUUCCAAGAGCUACUGAUAACAGAGUGAGUGUCUAAUAGCAGUAGUUCAUAGACGUGUUAUUGUGAAUCAAACAAAAAUGCUAAGCUCACUGUAAUGAGGAGUACUGCAAGCAGAAAUCAAUCCAGUACACUUAUCAAGCAGAACUAUUAAGACUGUCAAAGUGAGUUAUAGAAAUGAUCUGUUAAAAAAUUCUGUUGGCACUUGUAAGAUACAAGGCAUGCUAUUGCUCUUUCACUGUGCAGUUUAACGGUCAGUGUUUGCCUAUAUGCAAAAAUACAGAUGUUUUGAAGUGUUUAAUGCUAUGAGAGGAAGAAAUUACCAUGAAGCACAGGACUGAGGAGCACACAACCUGUUGUAAAUCACACUUCUACAAUUAGCUUGAAUAUACAAGAGGCUUAUUGAGU